CUAAACCUAAACUCUUCCUCACAAAACGCCACCCUCCAUGAUUCUUCAUCACGAUGGUCACAUCACCUGCGAUUUCCGCCGCUCCAAGGACGAAGAUUUUGGUUCCAACUGUUGAGCGUAUGUAGGUAAGGAAAAAAUUCCAUCCAACGACAUCACCAUCUGCCCCUUUCCUUCAGACUUGCGAUUUCAAUUGGAUCUCCUCACCAUCGCCGCCGCUACUAACGCCAAGCUCGCCUGCUUUCCGCCUCGGUCACCCACGUUUUAAAAUUGGGAUGGACGGAAAUGGCACUGAUUGCUGGAGCAAAGGAUGUUGGUCUGUCCCCUUCUAUCGUUGGUUCUUUGCCGAGGAAGGAAGCAACACUGGUUGAGCUGGUGCUUUUGUGGCGAUUGGGCAGCUUUCUAAGCCAUUUACUUCUGUGUUUCUAUAUGACAAAGAGUUCCAUCAUCCCGCCCUUCUGUAUGCACUGUGUUUUGUUGCACGACAUGAAGAAGAAGAAGAAACACGAGCAUGGCCAUGACCAUGACAGUAGCAGCAGCAGAGACAGCGAUUAUGUUCAGCAAUACUGCAUAAACAGUGGAGUAUCCAUGGGCAAGUACUUUUGUGCUACAUGCAAAUUAUUUGAUGAUGAUGAUUCUGUGGCUUACCUGCACCUUGGGGAUGAGAAAGCUCAAAGCUCACACCAUCCCUCAUUCUGUAAUAGCUCCAUUGGCAGUUAGUGGUGAGUACUCUCUCUCUCUCUCUCUCUAAAUUAUAAUCUUUUGUUCAAUCUUUCAGAUUUCAAAAUACCAAUACCACUGUGAUGAAUGUGGCAUCUGCAGGUAAAGAUCCUCAAUCAGUUUUCUAAUUGUUAUAUUUCCUACUCCACAUUGCUCAUAUUUUGGAAUAUUCGUCAAUCAUCCCAUUAUCCUAUAUUUGGGCUGUCAAGAGCCAGUGCAUUCCGUAGGUGUCCAUGAAUGGUUCUUAUCAUUCUUCUAUAUAUCUUUCUACAUAUGCAUGGGAUUUUGAUUUUAACAUUUGGGUCUGUUUUUUUUUUAGUUCGUUUCACUUAUUCACAGCUACUCUUGACAAAUGUGAUGGGUUGUGCCUGCACAUUUUUCCCUCCAACGACUCUGCAGGUGAAGAGUUUUCAUUUUCCUGCAUCAGUAAUUCAGUACCAGACUUCCAUUGCAGCUGGAGGUUUGAUUUGAUACCAUUAUUCGUGUUCUACAAGAGCCACUCUUAGUCAAAUAUGGAAUAGGCAGAACUAGAUUUAUGGAGAUAUGAUUUGUUUCCUGUAUUCCUGUAACUUGGGUGUAAAAAUUGUAGACUUACAUAUAGUUUUCUUUGAUUACAUUCUAUACUUUAGUUGUUGAAUUGAUAUUAUUUGGACUUUUAAAAUUUCCUUUCAUUCCAUUUGUCAUUGGAAUUCUAGAAUUUGGCAUUUCAUUUUAGGUUCAGUGGAAAUAUAUGAUGGCAAUGAGGAUGUUUCAAGCAAA